AUGUGGGUCAACAUUUCACUUCUUAGUUUCUGUGUUCUGCUGUUGCACGGUGUAUUGAUGCUGGUAUCAAACUUCGAGCUUUUCCGCAGCGCCAUGAGAUGGAUUGUGGCAACAGGGGAAAAUGGCCCCGCAAAAGCGCAGAGACAAAGCAUCAGGAGAUCCUGCAAGACACCCAACACAAUAAGACGACAAAGAAGCAAACACGAGCUUGUUGCAAACCUCAUCUUUUCGGCUGUGGUGCUCGCUGUAUAUGUGUUUCCAAGUCUCUGUAGUGACAUGAUGUACCCCAUAACCGUAUGGAUGGAAGUCACCCCCACUACGAUUUUCCAGAUGACUCUCCUUUUCGCGCUAAGCGGCACAAUCCUGAUACAGGAAUGGACCGAGUUCGGGGCUCAACUUUUUGAUAUAUUAAUGUCAGCUUCCACAGACCGCAACAACCGAGGGGACGAACACGACGUAACUCUUCGUACGAGACUGGCGGUCCUGUGGGCGAGAUUGGCGAGAUCGGUAAUCUGGGAGGAGGUCAUAUCGCUCACGUCGCUUCGUCUGUCCCUCUCAAUCGCAAUGGUCGUCAAGGCAGCUUGGUUGUUCUUCGGCGGAUUACGGGACCAACUCGACUCCCUCAGAAUUUCGAGGGCUUACGAUGUACUCCGAUACGAGAUCAAGCAUCCAGACAAAUGUUUCUUCGAGGACUCCGAAUCCGCAGAAUGGGAUCGCCUCGUCCAAACUGGCAGCUUCAAAACUACGCACAACAUGAUUGCCAGUUGUACCAUAAUCUCAUGGCUUUUGCUGGCUGGGCGUAUUGUCGUCUUGUAUCGAGGCCGAGAGACGACGGGAAGGAACGGUGUGCCGCGGCCUGGACAGCCCGUCUUGCUGUUGAUGGUAUUGGCCGCACUGUUCACAUGUGCCUGGGGGGCCUCCAGCAAGUCGAUUGGCCUUGUCAACGAAAGUCCUUAUGCCGUGCUUGGGAUCUCUGAAGAUUCUGACUGGAAAGCAAUCAGAAGAGCAUACAUGAUAGAGCUGAGGAAGAACGGCUGGUACGACUAG